AUGUUUGCCCUAAGAUCCUCCUGUCUUUUGCAAAGAACCCUUGCGGUACGUCCCGUGUUGCGCCAACUUCACUACACUCCAGUUAACCGUAACGUAGUGCAAGACUUGUACUUGAAGGAGUUGAAAAAUGUCAAGUUGAACCCUAUCACCGCCAAGGAUGCCGAAGGAAACGUUAGACCAUGGUCUGAACCUGUGAAGCCAAAGGCUCCAGAGUUGGAAGGUCAAGGUACUGAUGCUUUGAAAGCUUACUCCAACGAACCAGUUGAGACAAAGACCGAGGCUGCUGAGGAAGAGGCUCCAGUUGAAGAUGACUGGUUGGUACUAGAGGACGAUGUUGAAGAAACUCACUCCCAUUAA